CCCGUGAGAUAUCAGGUGGUAGCAUGGCCAGCCUACCUUUCAAAUCAUUCAAAACCAAACGUCCGGUUACAUCCCAGGGCCAGGCUCUACAGAUGCACUCAAGCCUGCAUGACAAAUCGCCGUCGGCAUCCUGGGUGUGAUAGACAUACUUGCUACUGUUCUUAGCAUGAAUUGUGAGUCUUCUUUAACCGCCAAGCUGUAUGAUUGUAUUCGACCACGGGCUAGAGUUCGAGACAUCGAGCGCGAUGCUGUCCCGUCGACAGACAAUGACUAUGAGGACAGAGAGUCGUCAUCAUUGUCCGUCAGUCGCACACUAUCUGAUACCACUCUUGUCAACACAACUCAACCUGCUGCCUCUUCGACCAGCACCCAACCGUCAUCCACCCCAGUCCCUAAGACACAACCACUGCCUGGUCCUACCGCGGUGCAUACCUCCUCAGCCUUGUCGACACCUAUAACCAUUACCAAACAAGACAAGGAAGCCAACAUUGUACAACAAGCCAACAAGACUGCUACCUCCCACCGAUCCAUGCGGCGACAACACCGACACACCUGA